AUGGCCACGACGAAGAUCUUUGCCCGGCGCUUCGGAGGGGCCUCGGAAGUUCUCGAGGUGCCCUCGGAUCUGCUGCUCUCGGACCUGGAACACGCGCUGCAAAGCGUUUCCACUCCCAACCUUCUUUGGUUCCACCGGGGCGAACCGUUGGAGGAGCUUGGAAGGCCUCUUCCAAGCCGGCUGGUGCUCAAAGAGGGCUUCCCGAGGCGCGACUGGACUUCCUGGAGAGCGCCAACCUCGUACACAGCGCCCUCAUCGCUUGGCUUUCAAAGUGCAGCCGGGGUACAGCUCCGCCGGUCGUCGCAAAGUCCUCCUGACGUGAGCCUGGUGUGUCGCGGUUUCGAGGAUGACAACCGCGAUCGCUGGUUUUUCGCGAGCUACGACGUGCUCGGUUGGGCAUUCUCCUCCUUCGCAUGGCGGCGGCUGGUGCUGCUGGGCUGCGAAAGGCGAGACCUCCAGAUCCAGGGCCACGCUGCCGCGCGUCGGGCACAGCUCCGUGCCCUACGCGCCGACUUGGAGUCUAUCCGACUCGCUCAUGAUGUUCUGCUGACAGAGGCUGGAGAUGCGGGUGGUCUUUGGCCUUUUGGGGAAGAGUCGCGGAAGGAAGUGGAGCAGGAGCUUGCGCGUGAGCUUGAGAAGCGACAAGAUGCUGACAGCGACAUCCUGUACAAUCUGGGAGUCCUUCUGCUGAUGCAGCCGAGAAAGACGGAGUCAGACCUGCAUCAGGCUUUAGAGUUCCUUCAAGGGAGCUUGGCGAGCACACCCAGCCCCUGGGCGCAUCGGCUCUGCGAGCGGAUCAAAGAGCAGCUGCAGGAGGAGUCCACACCUGGAGGGAGAUACCAGCGCCAAGAGACAGCCGCAAUAAGGAGCGAGCGAUUCGAUCCGGCGGCGGAGGAGCAGGAGGAGGAAGCCGACCUUACCCAGAAGCGGCAGACGGAAUUCGAAGAAGCCAUCACACGCAUAAGGAGUUCGAUGCGGGGCAGUGAAGAUGCCGGUCCUGCGGCAGCAGACGAGGAGCCUCGCGCUGCCGCAGUGGGGUUCGCGAGAUCGAGCACGGUCGAGGCUCUGUCCAGCGUCCUCAACUCGCUGAAGCUGCGACAGGGUUCCACUUCGGUGUCGCAGGUGCCGACUCGAGCCACGGGCGUCUCGCUGGAGCAGAGGAGGCGGCGAAAGAAUCAACGCGCCUACCUCGCCUCGAGGCACGGCAGCCACAUGUGUCGCUUACGACGGCUUCCUGUCCUCCUGCACCGUGGGACUGGAACCUCGGAUGAGGUCCCAGAGGCUGCGCCGGCUCCGGUGCCUCGGCUGCGCAUUGCGAGCCUCGAGGCGGUGCUGCACUUUGUCUCAGUGCCAGCUGAAGGGAUUCACCAGACUGACCUGGAGCUUUGCUCGGUGCUUUGGAUACUUCUGUAUUUCGGCUUGCGGCGAUGCCAUCCUGGAUUCCAGAAGCUGAAGUCGACUUUGAGCGCCUCUCCUGUGCCUGCCUGUCUCAGCAUCGCCCGUCAUUUUGGGUACGGCAGUGGCUGCACGCUGCGAGAUUCCAAGAAGAACUUGGAAGACGUGCUGCUCCACGGCCUGUCAACCAUGCGGGGAGACCAGCUGGCGCUGGUCCAUGGCUUCGCCUCCGAAUACUCGAACGCGGGCCUUCCUGAGGAGGAUCAGCUGGCGGUCCUUGAUCGACGGAUUAAGCAUCUGGAGCUCGUGUUGGCGACUCCUCCCAAGGUGUAUCUACAGCAAGGCCACGCAGCACUGCAGCGGCAUGGCCCAUUAUCGAAGGCAAUUGCCAGCCAGGCGCCGUCCCACACGAUGGUCCCACCAUCUGUCCAGCGCAGCCGCAAAGGAAUGCUAAUGCGUGGAGAGAAGGCGGAGCAGCUCGGCAGGAACACGAUCUCCAAGCUCAACCUCGUGGAUCUGGCUGGCUCCGAGCGCAACGAUUCAGAAGAACGGAGCCAGGCAAAGGAAGGCGCCAACAUCAACAAAUCCCUCAGCGCAUUGAGCAACGUGAUAAAUGCCCUGAGCUCCAGUACUGGUGGAAGGCGUCGGGCCUUUGUGCCGUACCGGGACUCCAAGCUGACACGGGUUCUGCAGGAGAGCUUGGGUGGCAAUGCCCUCUGCACCAUGAUCGCAACAAUAAGCCCAGCAGAGAACAACAUGGAGGAAUCCUGGUCGACCUUGCAAUAUGCGAAGCGGGCCUUCAUCUCGGCAGCCAAAACCAUCCGCGUGGUUGCGACCCGCAACGAGGAGACCAAGCAACGCCAGCAACUGGAGAAAGAGGUGGAAGCCUUACGCCAACGGUCGCUCGAUGAGGCAGGGCCAGUGGACGAGUUGGAAGAAAAGCAUCGCGCCGAGAUCGAGGCUCUCGAAGCCUUCAUGCGGCAGACUUGGGAGGACAAGCAGCGUCUCUCCAAAGAGCACGAAGAGCAGAGGGAGAGGGCUCGGCUCGAGGUUCAGAAGGCCCUGGAGCAACGACGCGGCGAACUGCGCCGCAGACUCGAAGCCUUGGAAAAGCUUCAAGACAUCUCGGUGACUUUGCAGUCCUUCGUGGCAGCGGGAACGGCCUCAGAGCUUUGCCCCGGCUGGCCGGAUCGACUUGCAUGGAGCCGAGGUCUCGACCUUGCGGUCUGCGACACUCCAGUCCCAGCUCCGAUCUGCACGGGACCAGGUGGACGACAGGCAGGCUUGCUUCCGCUGCGCACGAGGAAGCCGACGAUGCAACAGCAGCUCUUCUACUCAGCCAGGCGGAUGCUAAGCUUCAGAUCCUCGUCUGGUCCCUGGUUCUCGGACAGCUCUGCCUGUCAUUUGUCUGAUGCAGCCCGGACACGAAACGACGGCCACCUCUCCGCCGAGGCCAAGGAACUUCACGUCCAGGCAUUGCAGUCCGCCGAAGCAGACUUCAAAGGUCAGAUGUGCACUGUCAGUGCGGAGAUUGCCAUCAAUCAACGUGAGGCACGAGACACUCGCAGCUCCGAUGACGGUGAGGCGCAAGUCACUGCUGAGGAGCAUUUGGCUCUCCUUGCACUGGUGCGACAGCAGCUCCUUCAACACUAUAGGAGCUUCUCUGAAGACUUCCUGAAAGAGGUGGCAUCCCUGAGCAUGGCAAAGGAUCUGUCUCUGGUGAGCGUCCGCUGGGCACUCGAAGGUUGCAGUGCCACAGAUCCCGUCCAGGAAGUGGAGGGCUGUGGGGCUGACAUCUUGCCACAGCCACUAGGGCUGGCCGCGUGUGACAUCGAGGACAACAGGCUACGUGCUUCAUCGAACUCUCACUUCGCGAGCUGUGCCAGGCUGCAUCGCAGCCUUUGCACGGGCGGCUGGAGCGCCUCUGAGGCCACGAAAGACGAAUUCCUGGAGGUCGACCUGUCAGAAGACGGCUGCACCGAGCAGGUCUUGGCCGGCGUGGCGCUGUCGAAGCCUUACAGUUAUUCCUCCAGUACCAUUGGGAUCAUGCAGGGCAGACUUCCUUGCAGCGGCCAUUGGCAGCAGACGCACGGCCUGCUGAAGACGGCGCUUGGUGAUCACGAGGUCCUGCGACCUACCACGGAACGCACCUUCCUCCGGCCUCCCGUGCGCUGCGUCAUCGAGGCUGCCAGGGCCCUCGGCCCUCGCAUUUCAGGUGCGUUGACAGUUGACUGUGACAGCUCUGCAUGGAUGGGGAUUAUGGAUUUGGAGACGGUGGAGCCAGGCUGUGCACACCAUGACUCACCGCUAUUCUGUGAAAGUGGGGAAAGGUCUCCGAUCUACUUCCUUUUUGCGCCCGGAGUUGCCCUGUCCAGUGUGCUGCUGCUCCUCGCCGGAUGCGAAGCUGCAAGAGAAUAUGAACUCGCCUGCAACCUUUGGACACUGGCGAUGGUGCUGCGGAUCUUUGCUACAUGUGCGGCCGUUGGUUUAGCGGGCAUGGGCUUGGUCACAAACCCCAUGAGCCGCUCCUUCCAUGAUCUGGCGACCUAUGCAUUCGUGGGAGGCGCAGCCUUACUGCUACUCAUGGGUGUAGUUGCAUCUACUUACCUGCAGGUGUAUUCUCUGCACGAACAAUCUGGUCUUGCUUUUUUGGCCGUUCGGAUCGUGCUGCUGGCACAUGCCUCAACAAAGGCCAGUGAGUUCUUGGGGAAGUAUGGUCGAGCAAUGGCUCUGGUGAGCCAAGCUGGUCAAGCUGACCAUGCAGGUGAUGGCGAAAUGCCAACUGUGGAUCGAAGGGUGAUGAAGCGACUGCUGAGAGAAAGCGCUUUCGCUCAGUAUUCAGCCCUUGCCUCGCUGUGCAUUUCUGCCGCUCUCCUGCGCCCCUGA